GGUUUGGACAGUUUACGAAUAUUUUUGUACAGCCCUAACCCUAAUAAGUGUUAUUGUUAUUGGAAUAAAGAAAGGAAAUUAAUAAAGCAAUAAGGUUGUAUAUCCUCGUACCUACACACACCCCACCGAAAUAAUCAUCUUUGUUUCAAAAACAUCUUAUAUAGAUUCUCCCCCUAUAAAUAUGUGAUCAAUUAAUGAUCUAUGCACCUUCAUUAAACACUGUUUUAUACUCUGCUACAAUUUGCCUUUGAAAUUUAAUUAAGCUUCAAGAGAUUUGAAAUAUUGUCUGCGUAAGGGAUACUAUGGAUGCUAAUCAAGUAGUUAGGUUAUCGGAUUUAAAGAGGAUGUUUGAAGCAAUUGAAAAUAAUGAAGAAGAAGAAGUGACUCGUUUGAUUGGAGUGAACAGAAACAUAGUAAGAGCAAGACAUCCACUUUUGGGGGAGACAGCUCUCCAUCAUGCUGUUUCUAUUGGAAAUAUCCCAAUUGUAAGAAUAUUGGGGGACAGUAUGGAUAGAGAAGACUUGGAAAUUAAGGAUAGGUUAGAUAUGAAUGCUCUUGGAUUGGCUGCAAUGACUGGUAACGUUGAGAUUGCAAAGUACUUGGUUGAAAGAAACAACAAUUUGGUUAACUUGUGUAAUGACAGAAGAUUGCCAGUUGAAUUGGCCCUACAAAAUGCUCAAAAGGAAAUGGGUCGCUAUUUGUAUGUUGCCACGCCUAUGCUAAAUUUUGUUGGGGACAACAGAGAACAUGGAGCUAGCGUUAUAACACUCUGUAUAGUUCACUCUCUUCCUGAAAUUGCAUUGCAUUUGCUCCACCAUCAUCCUGAGCUGACUAUUGCUCAGACUGUCCAUACUAAAGAAACUCCAAUUUACAGAUUUUCAACAGACAUUUCUGAUGCGUUAUGUAAUCUCAGCUCUUCUGACAGACAGAUAUAUAAUGGAAUUACAGGAGUUGAAAAUAUCUUACUUCAAAAUAUUGAAAGAGAAAAGAAUGUCGAAGCUGCCACAUACCUUCUUCGAAGCAUUAACGUUCUCCGUGAAUUGCCUUUCGUCCAAAACCUGCCUCCAGAAAAUUUGCUUAGACCAAACAUUGAAGUUGCCCAUAACCAUGUCGUGAAACUCCGAAACGCUUUUAAUGUCAAUAUCAACGUUGAAAACGCCCAGAACCUUGCACAGAACCUCGCCCAAUAUCUCAGAGCAGUAGUCAUACACCGUCCUCCGAACGUUGAUCAAGCUGCACAAAACCUUGCCCGGGUCGUUGCAGCUGCACAAAACCUUGUCCAGAACAUUGAAGCUGCACAAAACCCUGUCCAGGACCUUGAAGAUGCACGUAACCUUGCCCAAAAUCUCGAAGGUAUACUAAAUCUUUCCCAGAACCUUCAACCUGAAGUUCAACAAAACCUUCCCCAGAACCUUGAAGCUGCACAAAACCUUGUCCAGAACAUUGAAGCUGCACAAAACCUUGCUCAAGACCUUAUAGCUGCACAAAGCCCUGUUCAAGACCUUGAAGCUAUACAAGACCUUGAAGCUAUACAAGACCUUGCCCAUAGAGUUGCACAAAACCUUCACCAGAACCUUGAAGCUGCACAAAACCUUGCCCAUGGAGCUGCACAAAACCUUAGAGUUGCACAAAACAUUCUCCAGAAACUUGAAGCUACUGCAAAAGUUGCCCAGAACCUUGCUCAAAACCUCUUAGCUGCAAACCUUGCUUACACACUCCAAGAACAAAACCAUCGCCAAGAUGAAAAUCAUCUCCCCAAUGCCCAGGAAGACCAACCCAACCUUUAUAAUUUGCACCAAGCUCAAAUACGCCAUGCCCAUAAGGUCAAAGAUGCCCAUAACCUUGCCGAGAACAUUGAAGCUACUGGGAAUCUUGCCCAGGGCCUCGUGAACCUCUAUUCCCAUACACUUGCCAAAAAUAGACAGAAUCUCAAUAAUCAGUUGGGUGACCUAAACCGCCUUCAAAUAGACAUGCAAAAUGCCCAAAACCUUCAACAAUACAUCACAAAUGAUCGGAACCUCCUAAUCCAAAACCUUACACAGGACAUGGCAAAUAACCAAAACCUCCCACAGCGAAAACUCCAAGCCCAAACCCUUGCACAAAACAUCACAAAUGCCUGGAGAUUUGCCCAAAAUUUUGCCCAAAACUUGCAAGCCAACAACCUUAAUCAUAACAUUGAAGCUUCCCAAACGAUUGUCAAUAAUCUUACAAAUGCCCGUACCCGUCUCCAAAACCUCCAAGCUCAGGACUUAGAAGCUACCCGAAGCGUUGCCCAAAGCGUUGCCCAAAGCCUUGCCCAAAACAUUGAAGAUGCCCAGAGGCUUCACAGGGACGUCAACGAUGCCUUGAACUAUGCUACGAAUCUCAGAGCCAGAUAUCUCGCAGAUGCAGGUUUCCUUGUCCAAAUGAUUCAAGAUGCCCAACACAUUGAACCCGAUACUGUUGAAUGUAGCUCGGUGCUUGUUACAAGUCUCCAAGUCCACAACCUUAUCCAGAACCUCCAAGCCCAGAAUUUUUCUCGUAAAGUCAAUGCUGUUCAGAACCUUGAUAGACAGCUCAGAGAAACUCAAGCUUCCCAGAACGCUGCUGAAGGCAUUGAACUUUGCAAGAACCUUACUCAGGACCUUGUUCACACCCUCCAAGCUGCCGACGAAUUCGUUCCUCAGAACCCCGAAGUUGUUGAGGAACUGGCCGUUCCUCAGAACCCCGAACCUGUCGUUCCUCAGAACCGUAGAAAUGCAGAAAGAAGACUGGAACCGAAACUAAAUCAUCACCGUACCUUGGCAAUUCUAAAUUGUAUGUACAAACACAUAGUAGGUUUACAGGAGAAGCGCAUGAAGAUGGCAAAUGUAGAUAAAGCAUUGCAGGAAGCUGCUCGACGAGGCCUACUUGAUGUUUUUGAAACUAUAAAUAAUGCAAAUCCUUCAAUUCUACGCCUGCCAAUUGCAUUUGGUGUUUUCAAUGUGGCAGUUCGAUAUCGUCAUCGUAAUAUAUUUUCUCUUUUACAAAGGAUUCCUAGUAGAAAUGCGAUUACAAAUACACUCAGUAUGACUAAAACUGGAGAAAAGUAUAGCAUAUUACAACAUGCAGCAUUAUUGGCCCCUGCUAAUCAUCUGAGUAAAAUUCCUGGACCAGCUUUACAAAUGAAAAGUGAACUAGAAUGGUUCGAGGAGGUGAAACAAAAGUCUACAGUGUUUCCUCAUCAUAUAUUGGAAGCAGAGAAGUUGUUUACCAAGGAACACAAGGAAUUGAAGAGCGCAGGAGAAAAAUGGAUGAAGGAUACAGCUACUGCUUGUAGUUUGGUGGGUUCCCUCAUCAUUACCAUAAUGUUUGCAGUGGCAUUAACUGUUCCUGGCGGCAGCCUAGACAAGGACGAGGGCCUCAUAAGGGCCGGCAGUCCCAUACUCUUACACGACAAAUGGUUCACGAUCUUUGUCACAUUCGAUGUUAUAUCACUCCUCUCCGCCACAUGUUCGGUAUUAAUAUUCUUAGCCAUUCUCACGUCCCGCUAUGGAGAAAAAGAUUUUCUCACAUCCUUGCCCACAAAACUAAUGACAGGCCUUAUCUUUCUUUUCCUUUCUAUUGCAACAAUGACUGUAACUUUCUGUUCAGCCCUUGUGAUUCUGUUACGAGACAAACAUUCAAAGAGCAUACAUUAUAUCUUUGUCGCAGCUGCCAUUAUAGUAGUUAUAUUUUUAUUGACGCAUUACAAACUUAUAUGGCAAAUAGUCAAGUACACCUGUCGAUCAUGGGUCACAGCCUUGAGAGAUUUAUUUCGCCGUUGUUGUUGUUGUUGAAGAAAAUAAAAGGAAAGGAGUUUACCAAAUAAUUUUGAGUUGAAUCCUGAAUUAUAGGUCAUUAAACACCACCAUGUUGUCUCCAAAACAAAGCAGCUCAGUCAACAACAUUGUCGCCGACUUUCACGAAUAGAAGAUGGAACACCCAAAUUUGAUACCACUGGCUGGAUUGAAAAUCGUUUUAAGAAACUAUUUUUCGUUUUCCAUUUAAUUAAUCAUUUUCCAAUUAAAGUGUGGGAUAAAGACUUCUGUGUAAUUUAUUUUGUUAUUUUAUUUUGAAAUGAUUGUGUGCGUGUGGUGAGAUGAUUUUUUUGUAUUAUUUAUCUUCGUUUGAAAUCAAAGGUUUGGAUGAUAUCUUUGGUAUUUUAUUUAUGGAUGAUAAUUUGUCUGUGUUAAAUUAUGAAUUUUUUUGUUG